AUGAAUGAAACAGUAACUUUGAGCCCGUCAAAUGUUACGUUGCCGGAAUCGGUUAAGGCCAAUGCUGCUGCAGGAGUUGUUUUUGGGGAAGAAGCAAGACAAAACUGGAAGUCCUUUACAGCUCAGAGCAAAAUCUCCGAUAGAGGUAUGGGUUUAAAAUUUGUUGCACCUACUGUAGUUGAUGGAGUAUCUAUUGCAAAACUAGAGAAAGCAGAGGUUGAUACAAUGAAUGAAAUAUGGAUGAAUGCGGUGAUAGUGUAUGUAGUUGGUCAAAACCCAACACUUACAGCACUCAAAUCAUUUAUUAUGGCGAACUGGAAUCUGGGGAAUGAACCUCAGAUGUUUAAACAUGAAGAGGGGUAUUUUGUGGUAAAAAUGGGAAGUAGAGAAGCAAGCUUUAACUUCCAUAAUGAAGUUCUGAAGGUGAUACCUAUAUGGAUAAAGUUACCAAAUUUACCUUUGAACUGUUGGAGUGAGGAUUCUCUAAGCAGGAUUGGUAGUUUGAUUGGGGUACCCUUAUAUGCUGAUGAAUGUACUUCAAAAGCUUUAAGAGUUUCUUUUGCAAGGAUAUUGGUGGAGAUGGAUGUGACUAGGGAAGUGAAGAAAAUGGUGAAAAUAGCUGACCCUAAUGGUCAGACUAUUGUUCAACCAGUGUUGUAUGAUUGGCUUCCAGCUUAUUGUAAGAAAUGUAAUGCAUGGGACAUAAUUGUGAGGCUAAGGUGA